GGCGGACUCGGCGGCGGUUCUGCUCCCGGUCCCGGUGCGGCCAUGGCCCAACAUGGCGGCCCCGCGGUGCUCCCGGAUAACCCCUUCCAGGACCCCGCCGUGGUGCAGCACCGGCCCGGCCCCGACAGCGCGGCGCUGGACGCCUAUAAUCCCUUCGAGAGCGGCGCGCCGCCGCCGCCGUACCGCGCUCCGCCCGAAACUGCGCCUCAGCCGCCGCCGGGAACCGCGCAGCCCCCGAGGAGACCGAGCCCAACCGAGCCGCGGAACUACGGCUCCUACGGGACGCAGGCCUCGGCUGCGGCAGCCACGGCCGAGCUGCUGAAACGGCAGGAGGAACUGAACCGGAAGGCGGAGGAAUUGGACCGGAGGGAGCGGGAGCUGCAGAACGCGGCCCUGGGGGGCGGCGCCGCCCGAGCCAACAAUUGGCCCCCCCUGCCCUCCUGCUGCCCGGUGAAGCCGUGUUUCUAUCAGGACAUCCCCGUGGAGAUCCCCGCUGACUUCCAGAAGACGGUCACUGCCAUGUAUUACCUGUGGAUGGCCAGCACCGUCGCUCUGCUCCUCAACUUCUUGUCCUCGCUGGCCUGGUUCUGCGUGGAUCCCUCCUCAGGUUCUGGUUUCGGUCUCUCCAUCCUCUGGGCUCUGCUUUACACGCCCUGCUCCUUCGUCUGCUGGUACCGGCCCAUGUACAAAGCGUUCAGGUGCUUUGGGGGGACCUGAUUGCAGCCUUCAGUACCUAAAGGGAGCCCCAAAACAGGAGGGGAGGCAGCGCUU